GAUAUGGUGACAAUUUGCAGAGUCUCUUUGUAAUUGGAACCAAAUUGCAUAUUGCUCUCUAUCUCUUGUCUAUCGUCUUCUUCAUCCACUCAGCUAGGGUUUGCAAUUUCCCUCUCAGAGCUCCAAAUCAAUCAACAAAGACCCCAAAUUUCGCAAACCUUUCAUAGUUUUCCUUUCAGAUAACUCGACAACACCAAAGACUUCGAAGGCUCCGCGAGAUAUCAAUGUUGGCUACUAGUGCAGUCGCAUCUUUACCCAAAUUACCACCAGUGAGGAGAGGUGGACACUGCAGUGAAGAGAAUGUUGCUACUACACCUAAACCAACAAGAGGAUUGCAGAUGGUUAAUAAUUCAGUAUCAUUGAGUUGUACACGGUUGCCAUUUGGUCCAAGGACUCAUUCAACUCAGAGAGCAGCUAUAAUAUGUGCUGCAGCUUUGAAUGCAAGAUGUGGUGCAGAGCAAACUCAAACUGUUAUUCGCCAGUCUCCUACAAUUACUCAUCUUCCUGGUAAGGAGCAGGAGAAGUCACCGGAUCUUGAUGAUGGUGACUCUGGGUUUCCGCCUCGUGAUGAUGAUGAUGGAGGCGGUGGAGGAGGUGGAGGCGGAGGCAACUGGUCCGGAGGAUUUUUCUUUUUUGGAUUUCUUGCUUUUCUGGGCUUCUUAAAGGACAAGGAAAGCGAAGACCCAUACGGCGAUAACAGGAGAAGAAGGUGAAGACGUGAAGUAUUGGCCGGCAUAAAUAAAUGCUUUGUCGGAAGUUUUUGAUGUUGUAUUCUAUCAAUAGAAUAUAUUGGUUAACUAAGUAGGGUACUUGGUUCACUAAGAGGAUGUAUAGUUGCUGAAAUUUGUGUUCCUGUGUUACAAAUUACUCCUCCCAACCCAAUACUUAAUUAUUGGAGGAAAAGGCUUUUAUAUCAAAUGAUGAGUAUUAAAUUAUGUCAA